AUGAUUGGGGGCCGGCAACACGGGGACGGACUCUUCACAGUCCAUAAGGAAUUAACCCCAAAUGCCAAGAACAGCCAGCAGAGAGUGCAGAGAAAGCAGGGGACUGACCAAGUGCACACUAUGACUGACAGUGUAGCAGACCACAUGAUCCAGCUGUGCGAGCAGCUUCCGAUAUUAGUUUGUCUACUCUGCGAGGCAGCUAUCAAGCCCCAACCGGCCCAGGUAGAGCGUCACUAUCGCAACUGCCAUAAGACCACCGGACAGCCGCUGCAAGACAUUAUCGCGUUUGCCGAAUCGUUCGCGCCGUCAGGAUGGCGACCUCAAGAACUAAAAGACCCGACCGAUGAGAAUAUGGAGCUGCCCCCAGAUGGAAGCCCGCCUAUCCCCGGACUAAAGACAUACAAGGGAUUUAGCUGCGACAGCUGUCGAUUUCUAACCCGCAACAGUGGGAAUUUUGCCACGCAUGAAACCCGCGAAAGGCACUACAAGCUGCAGGUCAGCGGCAGGGGAGGGAAAGGUCGGGCGACGGUGAUGCUCCAGUCACUGCGCAAGGCUCCGCACGCAAGGUACUGGAUCGUCAAUCCAGCCGCCGUGCGGGCCAAUGGCAGCGGCGACGAGAGCAGCAGCAGCAGCAGAAGCAGCAAUACGGCUGAGCAGGGAAAUAGUGGUGGCGACGGCAACACUGAUACUGUACUGCUACAGACCGUCCGGGCGUGCGAGAAGGAUCUGAAGGAGGCGGAGAUGGAACGGAGACGUCAAGUGGAGGCACCGGGUGGAGUUGAAACUGAGUCAAGAUGGGUGCAGUUUAUGAAAUGGUCGGCGCACUUGCAGCAGAAGGAUAAACCGAUGCUGCACCGGGCAGGACUAUCACCGGUUUCGGCCGCCGUCGAGCAGCGGAUGUGGCCCCGCGAGCGCCGUGAAGCGAACCAGAGGCUACGUGAGUUGACCGAGAGCUUCCGGCGCGAGCUUGGCCGUUGUAUGGAAAGACUGGAUAGGGUGCCGGAUGAAACGCUCGAGUGGCUCGGCAGCAUUGACCCAACCAAGCCAGUAUCGACCCCGUUCGGCCGAAAGCAGCAGUCAGAUACGAUGGAUAGGUACAGUGCAUGCUGGCAGCGGUACUUGUGCUAUUGUGUCCGGAUCCAGCCGCUUGGGCGCGAUGGAGCUAAGACAGAGCACGGUAUCCGAUUUACGGAAGAGCAGUGGAACUCUCUGACCGACAUCAUACAGCGACUUGAUACCGUUGCUGACAAGAAGAAGAAGAAGAAGCAGGGGCAGAAACAGGUCAUGAAGGAUAGCAGAGAAGGUGAUAUUGAUGGAGGGAGCGCUGAGGGUAGAGAAGAGGGGAAAGAAGAAGACCCCGACAAAGAGGCACUUGACGAGGCCGUCUUUGACUUCUGCAUCAAGUCAAUCAAGCAGAAGCUUGGGAGGAAGCAGUAUCAUAACCCGCUGCUCCACUUUACGGCCGUACUAGGUAUCAAGGAGGAUGGUACAUGGGUUCCGUCCCACACACAUACUCGGUUUCUCGCCGGCUUCUUAUGGUGCGGGAGGAUUCUGAUGUUGGAGCACUUCUUUGAGGAUGACCCGUACGACUCCGAGGACUCGACUUGCGACACGAGUUUCGCGGCUAUCGAUCGGUUCCAGAAGGGUCAUCGCAACUGGCUCGCAACCGGCUCAUAUACACCGUUCAGCGCUAUUAUUCAGUGGAUGACGUACGGACGGGGCUACCGCAAUCAGGAAGGUGGGCAAGCGAGGGUGCUAUGGGACAGUGAUGGCAUGACGCUCAAUUAUCUGGGUGAUAAGAUCACCGUGGAUAGCUUUCAGCAGACGGCGCAGGCACUCGUGCGGGAAGCCGAGGGCUGGCUCGACAAGCUUAUGGGCGGACAAUGGAGUCAGAUCCGCGAAACGAUACGGUUACGAGAUAUCACCGAUAGCUUAGUGUUCGAGGGCCCAGGGCGGUCAUUUGCGACGAACCGGAGGAAUGCAUGGCUGAGGCCGGGCGCUGAGAAGUUGACAAGGCUGGUAGGCGCGACGCUGUGGAAGACCGUCGAUGCAGGGAACGGCGGUAAUCGGGUCGAGUGCCGAAGACGGGCGAUAGAGGAGUAUCUUGGCUGGCUGCGGCAGUUUCGGUCAAGCAUGUUCCCGGUUGUGCAUGUAUGGGGAGGACAGCCGGGGCGAGGUCCAGAAGUGUCAACACUAAAGCACUGCGAUACCGAACAGCUGCCGAAGAACGUGUUCGUCUUUGACGGACAGGUGGUGCUCAUCACAGACCGGGACAAGAGCAAGGGCUUGAAUGGCAAGCAAGGCCGAAAGGUAGCACGUUUCUUGCCCGAGGGCCCGAGCUUGAUGAUGGUGGCAUAUAUCGCAUGGCUACUGCCGUUUGAGAAGGUGCUGCAUCGGCUCUCUGGUAUUCGAGGCCCGUCUGAGGCGAUUAGCCCGUGGCUAUGGAAGUCGGCCGAGAAGGGGCUUUGGGACACGGCAAAGCUAAGCAAGCAGCUCGCACUCGUAACUGGUGCGCAGAUUGGGGUUCAGCUCACUGUUUCAAGCUACCGACAUGUGGCUAUUGAAAUGGGUCGUCGAAUUAAGGGAUUGAUUGUUCAGCAAGUUGAGCUGGAAGCCGCCGUAGCAGACAGCGAUGACGAGGCGGCCGAUCCGUUAACUGGAGAAGCACACCGACAACCGAAAGUCGAGUACGUAUGGGAUAUUCAAGCAACACACGGAAGUCGAGUCGCACGGAAUCACUAUGCUGUCAAUCUUCAAUUCCCGAGUCAGCUACAGCCGGAGAUGCUGUCGAAUUUUCGCGAGAUCAGCCGUCUGUGGCAUCAAUUUCUGGCCCGGACUGAUGGUGAUUUUGGUGAGAGAAAACGCCGGGCUCAUACUUAUAAUGAUAAUAAUAUGCCGAUUGCCGAUAGAGCAGCAAAGAGGCAACAGCUUAUUAUUGACCGAGAGCAGGCAACUUCACCGAGACUCCCGCUGGAUAGCGACAUGGCCGGCCGCUAUGAGGAUGCAGAGAUCGACGCUGGGCUGAAGCGUAUGCUGGGCGAAGACGCAGGAUGGAAGACGCCGCAGCAGCGCGAUGGCAUGUACCGCAUUAUGCGACUGGAGAACAACGGUAUCCGGAGCAAGCUGAUUAUCGUUGUGCUGCCGACAGGCGGUGGCAAAAGUAUCUUCUUCAUGCUGCCGGCUUUUAUGGAAGACGAACGAGGCAGGGACGGAGGACCGGUCAGUAUUGUGGUUGUCCCGUUUGUAUCUCUUGUGCAGGACUUGGUUUUAAGAGCACGUGAGCUCGGCAUCGACUGCAUGGAGUGGAGAAGCGAUAUUGAUCAAGAGAGGGAGGAGCGGCAGCGGGACGCGCGGUUGGUAGUGGUCAGUGCCGAUGUGGCCCUACCGAGAGCGGCUGGGGCUGCUAACAGGGCUGCACCGGUUUGGGUGCCCGCUGGUAAUGCUUACUGCGACGCUGCCGGUUUUGAUGGAGGAUUGGUUCCAGGAGCGAAUGCUGGCACAGGAGGCAACAAUCAUCCGGGCUCCGACGAUGAGGGUGAAUAUUCGGUACCGGGUGGAGCAGGUAAGGCCGGAAAAGACGGCAAUCGAGGACGGAGUGGUAGCUGCGAUGAAGACGAUCGAGGGGCGAAUGGGCACAGCACAGCGCGGGGUGAUAUACUGCCGCUCGAUCAAGCAGUGUGA